AAAUUGAUCAAAAAAAGAAGGUAGAAAUAUCAAGCAGAAGAAAAGAAAGGCAGAGAGACAAACACAACACAUGAACCCUCAUAUGGAUAAAACAAAAACACCAAUGUUAUUGUUGUGUGAUGUGUCUACCUGAAAACAAAAGAUAAUGUUUUGUUCACCUUCACCAUACAAAAAUGCCAAUUAUUCUCCAUCCUUGUAAGUCUUUCUUAUGCUUUAGUUGUAACUCAUUCAUUUUCACAAAGAAAUCAUAUACAAACUCAACAAAACAAGUUUCUUCAACACCCCACAAAUUUUGUUCUUUUCCCAAUAUAGUUUUUUCUAAGAAAGUUUCUAUUUUGAGUGAUACCCACUUCAAAUUUAGCUCAAGGAAUAGUGGGUUUGAUGGGGUUUCUAGUGAUUUAUCUCGUGAAGCCAUUGAUGAUGAAAUUCAAGAACUUGAAAGUAUUGAGUUGUUGAAUAAGCCUUCACCUGUUUUUGAAGAGAUGGGGCAAGAGAAACCUUCCAAAGAGGAAGUUCUAGCACCGUUUUUGAAGUUUUUCAAAGGUAGUAGAGAUUAUGUUAAGGAAGUUGAGGAAGAUAAUGAGGUAUUGGAAGUUUCUGAAGAAAAAGAUGAUGCGAGUGAUGAGAAUGAAAAAGAAGAUAAAGAAGAAAAAGAAAAAGAAGAAGAUAAGAAGGUUAAUGUUGAGUACUAUGAACCCAAACCUGGUGAUUUUGUGGUUGGUGUUGUUGUUUCAGGUAAUGAAAACAAGCUUGAUGUAAAUGUCGGUGCCGACUUACUAGGUACAAUGUUAACCAAGGAAGUGCUUCCUUUGAAUGGUAAAGAAAUGGAUAAUUUGUUAUGUGAUGUGAAAAAGGAUGCAGAAGAUUUUAUGGUUCGGGGGAAAUUGGGAAUUGUAAAGAAUGAUGAAAUAAUGAGUGGAGUAUCGGUGCCAGGACGACCGGUUGUAGAGACUGGAACUAUUUUGUUUGCUGAGGUUUUAGGUAGAACAUUAAGUGGUAGGCCAUUGAUUUCUACUAGAAGACUCUUUCGCCGGACUGCUUGGCAUCGAGUGAGGCAGAUACAGCAGCUCAAUGAACCGAUUGAGGUUAGAAUUACAGAGUGGAAUGCUGGCGGUCUGCUAACAACGAUUGAGGGUUUGCGAGCUUUCCUGCCUAAAGUCGAGCUUGUGACAAGAGUAAAUAGCUUUACCGAUUUGAAAGAAAAUGUGGGGCGUUGUAUGUAUGUAGAAAUUACUCAAAUAGAUGAAGCUAAAAACUCUCUGCUACUUAGUGAAAAGAAUGCCUGGGUUAGUAUUCAAAUCUGUUUAUUUCCUAUUUUUCCUUGCUUUCUUGCAUCGAUGUUUCAGAGUUUUCUAAGUAGUGAUUUCUCCUUUUUAUCUUUUGAAAUUUCUGUUGUGCAGGAAAAGCAAUAUCUUCGUGAGGGGACACUUUUAGAUGGAACUGUAAAAAAGAUCUAUCGAUAUGGAGCACAGAUUAAGAUAGUAAAUUCUAACAGAAGUGGGUUGCUGCAUGUUUCAAAAAUCAGUCGGGCUGAAGUUGCUUCUGUCAGUGACAUACUUUCUGUUGAUGAGGAGGUUAAGGUUCUUGUUGUGAAGUCAUUGUUCCCCGAUAAAAUCUCUUUAAGCAUUGCAGACCUUGAAAGUGAACCUGGCCUUUUUCUUUCAAAUAAAGAGAGAGUAUAUCUAGAGGCUAAUAUGAUGGCAAAGAAAUAUAAGCAAAAGCUACCUUCUCCACCUAUUGACACUGCAAGAUUAGAACCUUUGCCAAAUAGUGCUUUGCCUUUUGAAAAUGAAGAACUUUAUGCAAACUGGAAGUGGUUUAAGUUCGAAAAAUGAUGAUGAAACAAGAGCAUGAAAGAAAUUAUUCACUGAGACAGGCUCCAUUGAGAAAACCUGAUAUUUGCAUGGAUCGCCAGUCCCAUGACGGGGCUGCCGUUUUGGAUGAAAACAUGAAGAGCCUCCUUGACCUUGAGUAGAGAAGCUUUUAAUGCUGUCAUUGUUCUCCUAUGUUGUUUGAGCACAUAAAGAGCACCAGCCACAAAGUAUAUGAUGAAACGAAUCACAGAUUAAUUCACUUUUAGUCUUUUUUCACCUUCAAAUUUAUCUCUUGUCGCGGAAAAAAAAUUUCUUGAAUUUUUUCUUGAGUUCCUUCCCCCUCCUUUUUAGGUGUCAUAUUAUAGAUAGAUUCAUAUAGUUGGAUGUAAGUUCUGAAUGUAAACUAGAGUAAUUUAAAUUGUUACAGAGAAGCUUCUUACACUAUCAUCUAA